AUGGCCAAUAAUCAGGGCGCAACGACCAGGACGCGAAAGGCUUAUGUUCGGAAAGUCACAGACAAGCGGCGUGAACAGAAUCGUCGUGCCCAGAAGGCAUAUCGUGAACGGCUGAAGAAGAAGCUGGAGGACUUGGAGGGACAGGCCGCUUCUGGCCUCCCUCAAACCGACGCGGCUGCAUUGUCUGAUCGAUUUCUAACGGUUCCGAGCACGGGAAUCUAUGCUGAAGGAGAUGUCGACCGCGAUGACGAUUCUCCAGCAUCUCCCCCAGAGGUACCACCCACGGACACCCGUUUGGAUUCAAGAGUCAUCAAUAUCGCCGAUGCCUUUGUGGCCGCUGGCGACUUACCGUUCGGUCAGGGCUCACUGUCGGGCAUUCAAUUCCAGGUGGCACCGGAAACACCUACCCCAGAGCCGGACUCGGAAAUGGUGGUUGAGCACACGCACGCCGACUAUGGCGACAUAUGGAUGGCGCCCAUUUGGGCCAUGCCCACAAAAUCAGCCUCGCCUCUCAAGCGAUACCCCACUCCCCCGGGCUCGCUGCAAGGCUCCCGAUCUUUCAUCACACUUACGUCUCAUCAGCCGUCAAGUGGCUUCCCCUCUCCGAGAUCUGCGAUGGCUGAUCCAUACAUGAAUCACAUGCGCCUGGUCGGAGAGGCAAAUAUCGAAGCCUCGAUUGCAAUCGGCCUGGCGCUGAAGAUAAGUCGCAACCAGUAUCUCAACGACCACCCGUCGCAUUUCCCAGGCUGCUAUGUCGCUCUCAACAAACCAGACCCUAGGGCGCCGACAAACUCAAUAUCGCCUAUCACAGUGCCAUAUAAAAUCGCCGAUACCUUCAUGCAAAUCACACCACGACUGCAAGCUCAUCUUGAGUGCGUCAAGCCGCCGAUACGACCCACGCCCGCACAACUGUUAAACCCGCAUCCGGCUUACCUCGAUUGUAUUGUCUUCCCUUAUUUCCGGGAACACGCUGUCAAAGCCUCCGCGGAUGGCAUCCUCGACCAUGGCAAACUCUUUACCGACAUUAUGCACGGCGGUCUCGUGUGUUGGGGUGGAAUGUCUGGUCUGUCAAACCGGCAUGGAAGAUCAACAAAGAGCGGGAAGAGGGACAUGCGUGAAACUGUUGCCUGGAGCACGAGAAGUUGGGAAGCCAAGAAAUGGUUUCUCAAGAAGUGGACCUGGCUCAUUGGGACGGAGGAGGAAGAGGAAGCCAGAGGUGACACUGAUGGGAUCUGGAAGGGAAGCCGCUGGUGGUGGACUAUGAGAGGUGAAGAGGACAGUGAUGAUGAAGAUGAAGAGCAUGGGUUGGCGGGUGAAAGGAUACACGAGGUCGACGCUGGCGGGAACUGCCUGUGA